AUGACCAAGUCCAACCGUCAUUCUGAUUUCCCGCCACUUGACGACGUGGAAGACUCCCCAAAUAAACAAUCCAUAUCCAGCUCAAAGAUGGACUCUAUCCUCCCAGCCCAGAAGCUCCAAGACGAGAUCAAUGCCGUCAAGCGUCAUCUCCAAGCACUAUCCAAGCAGCAGCUGCAGCUCGCCAACGAGCACAACUCCUCACUCGAAUCACGCCCAAGAAGAGUCAACUGUCCACAGAUUCCGUUGGCUGAGCCUCCCGCCCCUUUGACCACUGAGUCUUCUGCGGCCGCCUCAGAGCCCAUCAAAAUCACGAUUAAGUCACUCAAGCCGCCGCUCUCGUUUUCGAUCGCUUGUUCACCUAGCUCGACGAUCAGUGAACUCAAGCAACUUCUCUGUCAAUCGGACAGCUCAGCACCGCCAGUGGAAGCGCAACGCUUGGUAUACAAGGGAAAAGCGCUUGCAGACAGCAAGUUGUUGAAAGAGUAUGAGGCCAUUCAAACGGGAGAGACGAUUCACUUGAUGAUCAAGCCGGAUUCCGCUGUCUCCAACCUGGCAUCCUCAGAGCGGCCAUCCUCCGUCCUAGUCGAACCAGGCACGCCGAUCUCCGAAAAGACUCUAUCUGGUGCCACCGGUGGAUCGGUCUCUGGUAAGGAUGGAGAACCAAAACUGGCGAUGAAAAUCCCCAAGAUCACGAUGGAGAUCGAUGGCUCGGACUCGUCCGAACAACCCAUCAUCUCCCGCUCUCGAUCAGGGUCGGUCCACACCAAUCCGAUGUACUCGCCCCAUCUAGGAAUAUCUGAAGCUUUCAAAUCGGUCGUCACUGGUGAUCAGUUUUGGAUCAGUACUCGCCAAUUCUUAGAAUCUCAAUUCGCCGGCCCGGUCGCUGGACCCGGUGAAGCCAAUGCUCGCCAACUGUGGGAACAUUGGUUCAACUCUUCUAAGGAAUGGUUGUCUCCCUCUGAGAUCGCUCGUAUUCGUGAAGCUACUGGCAUCUCUGGUAUGGCGGGUCACUAG